UCAUUCCUUUCUCUCUGGUUCUCUAGCCAUGGGACCCCCUCUUCAAAUGUCCGUGUUGCUGUGGGCAGAAGCAGGGAGCUGUUUACUGCAGCCAGGAUCACAGCAGUUUCAGCAGGAAGAGGAGGACAGCCAGCCAGGAACAUUCACCUGCUUUCUGCAUGGGCAUGACAGGCCUGAUUCAGAAGGCUUUGAAGCAGGUUGAGACAGAAGCUCAUGCAUACGUUUAAACUUAAGUCCUUUGCACAGCAGGGCUGCUUUACAAACUUUAACCUCUAUUUGUCAUGGAGCGGAAAUGUAUCAGGUUUCUGUUGUCUGUCUCCUUGCUUUUUAAAAGCUUUAUUGGACUGUUUCUUUGGCUGUAGCAGGGGAUCGUUUAGAAGAAACUGCAUUAACUUAGCAAAAGUGGUAAAGGCAAGUCCUGAAGAGAGGCUUUACCAGCACAGCACUAUGCUAUUUGCAAUGGAUGCUGUCAGUUAAAGCAGUGCAUCUCAACCUUUUUGCAACUGUCUCACUUCAGCCUCUCCAUCUCCUUCAGCCCAAGGCUGAUCCUGCCUUCUCAUCUUCAUCUCCCUUCUCUUCAAAGCUUUUGCCUUUAGACAGCUGCCCUGUGAGGCCUGCUACCCCUUGCUCUGCUGCCAGCUCCAGCACUGCCAGAGCUCAGCCUGAGCAAGGAACCUCCUCGAGACCAGCUGCUGACCGAGCUGAUUGUAUUUGAAGUCAGCACUGGCCCCGCAAGAGCGCGCGCUCUUCAGCUCUGGCUGCCCCUUGCCUAGGAUGGGCUCCUGCCCAGCAGGAACUGUUGGUGCAGAAGAAGAAUGAUGCCUACCUGCUGUUGACCAGUGUUUAGGGCUGUAGCUGGAAGAUCUCCGUAAUCCAACAAGAAGCAACUUCUGAGCCUAGCGAGGGACAGGAUGUGCUUGUGCACCAUGCUUGGCAAUGCUGCCUUGCAUGCUUGAGAGUAAAUUUUAGUAUAUGGACAGGAGACUUGAUCGCAGCCUGUGUGCCUGUAGACUCACCAGGUCUGGGAUGGAAAAUCACUUUCUGGGGAAAAUUUAAGCAAGUGAGAGGUUUAAAACCUCUCUAGUGCCAUUUGUGUUUCUUGUUUCCUGUCUGUCAGUAUGUAGUCACUAAUAAAUAAGCAAGAAAAAAAUAACUGAAUUGAAAUGAAACCAUUAACAAACUGACCCCUUGGAAACAUUAUGGCAACAAUGAUAGUGAAGCAAAGCUGCCUGUAACCUACCUUGGCAUGUGUAGGGCGUUCUGCAAAGUGUAGUCCAUGCACUUGAAUUCUUCUGGAAGAUGCUGAUGUUUACUGUGGUAUCUCUUCUUUGCUCCUGCACUUACAUUUGUGUUGCUCCAGUGCCUGACAGGGGAAGGAUGCUGUGUCUUUAAAGCCUUCUCAGGGCUGUGCGGAGGCAGUUCCAUUGAAGUAUUUGAAUGAGAGCAAGAGGGGGGUGUGCAUGUGGCUAUUGGCAGAGCUCUCUGACAUCCCUCUGAACAGCUGGGCUCUGCUUUGCUUCAGAGCUGCUUGUCAGAGCAAUUAGCUUGCUGUAGCAGCAGCAAAGAUCGCUAGCAUUUUAUUCAGGGUUGAGAGCUGGCGGGGGCUUCUUAGAAGCGAUAUUAUCUUGGCAAAAUUCCUCUUGAACUGGUUGUGGCAAUGAAGUCUCCGUUGAAAUCAGGAAACAGAUGACCUGCUGAGAGUGCAAAACCACCACGUAUAGGUAUAAGUGCAAGCAAGUGUUUCAGGGAUGGGGACCUGACAUCAUUCAUCUCUGGUGCUUAUUGCUACAUUGUAGGGCUCUGAAGAUGUCAAACAGCAACACAGCACAGGAGUCUCUGGAAAUAAUGAAGGAGUCUGAAAAAAAGGUGGUUGAGGAAUCUGUGAACAAAACCAAAUAUGUAUCCAGGUCACCAAGCAAGGAGGAGGUGGAGAAGGAUGGGGGGGAGGAGGUCAGCGUGCGCCAGGAAUCUCAGAGGCGAACUUCGAGUCAUGGACAUGCCAGAAAAAGAGCCAAGUCUAAUUCAAAGCUUAAACUGGUCAGGAGUUUGGCUGUAUGUGAAGAAUCGUCUAGCCCUUUUGUAGAUGGGCUGCUGGAGUCCCAGGACAUCAUUCAGUUGCACGUUAGCUGCCCCUCUGACAAGGAAGAGGAAAAGUCCACAAAAGAUGGGGCUGAGAAAGAAGAAAAAGACAAGAAUAAAGAAAAGGCACCAAGGAAAAUGCUGUCUCGAGAUUCCAGCCAGGAAUAUACAGACUCCACUGGAAUAGAUUUGCAUGAAUUUUUAGUAAAUACACUGAAAAAAAACCCACGGGAUAGAAUGAUGCUACUAAAGUUAGAACAGGAGAUUCUGGAAUUUAUUAGUGAUAACAACAAUCAGUUUAAGAAGUUCCCUCAGAUGACCUCAUACCAUAGGAUGCUGCUGCACCGGGUAGCUGCCUACUUCGGCAUGGACCAUAACGUUGACCAAACCGGGAAGGCGGUCAUAAUCAACAAGACCAGUAACACACGAAUCCCUGAGCAGAGGUUCUCUGAGCACAUCAAAGAUGAGAAGAAUGCAGAGUUCCCGCAGAGGUUUAUCCUAAAACGAGAUGAUACCAGCAUGGACCGAGAUGAUAAUCAGAUCAGACUCCCCUUGCAGGAUGGGAGAAGGAGCAAAUCUAUAGAAGAGCGAGAGGAAGAGUAUCAGCGGGUCAGGGAGCGGAUAUUUGCACGAGAGAGUGGCCAGAAUGGAUAUCUCACCGACAGCAGGGGCAACCGGGACAGUUUGAACCGGGCCUCAGGCAGCCGCCAGAGCAGCACAGAGAGCGAGAUAAAGUCGCUGGAGCCUCGGCCAUGGAGCAGCACAGAUUCAGAUGGCUCCAUCCGCAACCUGCGACCACCUGUUACCAAAGCCAGCAGCUUCAGUGGCAUCUCCAUCCUGACACGGGGGGACAGCAUCGGGAGUAGCAAAGGCAGCACUGCCAGCAGAACGUCCCGGGCAGGUUCCAACCCUGCCAUGCCUUUCUCUGUUCAAGGUUUGGUACUAGGCACCCCUGAAGCAUGCAGCCAAUCCCCUUCCUCACAGCCCAGCCGUGGCCUCCUACCCUGCACAACCCAGCAGCCUCAACCACAGCCACCCCAACAGCCACCACCACAGCCCCAAGGACUUCCACCUGCAGCCCAGCAGCAGCCAGCUAUGAUAUCCCAGGCCGAUGAACUCAGCAACCCCUUUGGGCAGAUCAGCCUCAGCCGACAGGGCUCUACGGAAGCAACGGAUCCUUCCUCGGCUAUGUUCCAGUCAUCCCUCAUCUCCCAGCAUCCUCAGCAGACAGGAUUCAUCAUGGCAACCCCUGGGCAGCCCAUUCCCACCUCCAACUAUUCCGCCUCAGGGCACACGGCCCCCACACAGCAGGUGCUGCAGCCCCAGGGCUACAUUCAGCCUCCCCAGCAAAUUCAGGUUUCUUACUACCCUCCUGGGCAGUACCCGAACUCCAGCCAGCAAUACCGAUCUCUCAGUCACCCAGUGGCCUACAGCUCCCAGCGCACUCAGCAGCUCCCCCAGCAGUCCCAGCAGCCUGGUUUACAGCCAAUGAUGUCCAACCAGCAGCAAACAUACCAAGGUGUAAUGGGAGUGCAGCAGGCGCAGCCCCCUGGGCUCCUCAACAGCCAGAGGAACAGCAUGGGGGGCCAGAUGCAGAGUAUGAUGGGAGUGCAGCAGGCGCAGCCCCCUGGCCUUCUCAGCAGCCAGAGGAGCAGUAUGGGGAGCCAGAUGCAAGGCCUGAUGGUCCAGUACACUCCACUGCCUUCGUACCAGGUUCCCGUGGCCAAUGAGUCCCAGAGUGUGGUCCAGCAGCCCUUCCAGCAGCCAGUGCUUGUACCAGCCAGCCAGUCUGUUCAAGGGGGGCUUCAGACUGGAGGGGUACCCAUCUACUACAGCGUCAUCCCAACUGCCCAGCAGAACGGCACCAGCCCUUCGGUGGGGUUCCUUCAGCCGCCCGGCUCUGAACAGUAUCAGAUGCCACAGUCUCCAUCACCCUGCAGCCCGCCACAGAUGCAGCAGCAGUAUUCAGGGGUGUCUCCAUCAGGCCCUGGUGUGGUUGUGAUGCAGCUGAAUGUACCCAAUGGCCCCCAGGCCCCCCAGAAUCCCCCUGUGGUGCAGUGGAGCCACUGUAAGUACUACAGCCUGGACCAGCGGGGGCAGAAGCCAGGAGACCUGUACAACCCAGACACCAGUGCUCAGGCCAGCACCCAGCUGAACAGCCCCAUCACGUCCCCCACCCAAUCCCCGACGCCGUCUCCUGUCACCAACCUCAACAGUGUCUGCACGGGGCUGAGCCCCCUCCCUGUCCUCACACAGUUCCCCCGGCCCAUGGGCCCGGCACAAGGCGAUGGGCGCUACUCAUUGCUGGGCCAGCCGCUGCAGUAUAAUCUGUCUAUCUGUCCCCCACCACUGCUCCACAGCCAGCCCAACUACAAUGCACACCAGGGGCAGACUGGAAUGAAACAUGGAAACCGGAGCAAGAGACAGGCCCUCAAGUCAGCAUCCACUGACCUUGGGACAAGUGAUGUAGUGCUGGGUCGAGUGCUGGAGGUGACAGACCUGCCAGAGGGCAUCACACGGACAGAGGCUGACAAGCUCUUCACCCAGCUCGCCAUGGCUGGUGCCAAAAUCCAGUGGCUCAAAGAGACUCAGGGGCGCCGUGGAGAUGGAGGUGGCGGGGACAACAAUGGGACUCCAGAGAACGGCAGGCACAGUGACCUUGCUGCCUUAUACACCAUCGUGGCCGUGUUCCCCAGCCCGCUGGCUGCCCAGAAUGCCUCCCUCCGCCUCAACAACUCCCUCAGCCGCUUCAAGCUGCGUGUGGCCAAAAAGAACUACGACUUGCGGGUGCUGGAGCGUGCCAGCUCACAGUAGGGCUCACGCAUGGGCACAGAGCACACUGGACUGCGGGCACUUCCCUCUGCCUUCUCUUUUCCUUUCUGCCCUCCCUUCCUCUCGCCCUCCUUCCUGGAUAUAUUUAUAUGGACAUAAUUAAGAGAUAAGAAAUUGAUUUUUUUUUUUUUAUUAUUAUUAUUUUUUGAGUGAUGCCCAUGCCCGCCCACCUUACCCUGUGUAUAUUGUUUUGUUAAGCACUGUGUUGAACCACACAUACAGGUGUUGAUUGGUAUGUUCACUGCACAUUUUAUUUAAUCUGAUUAUUAUUUG